AUGGCAACAGGUUAUGAAGAUAGCAGAUUUGAAACACAAGUUGACGAAAGCCUUCAUUGCGUAAUAUGCACAGAAGUAUUAAAAGAUCCAGUACAAUGUCGCAGGAAUGAACAUCAUUUCUGCAGGAAUUGUAUCACUAAACAUCUACGACAUUCACGGAACUGUCUGACAUGUAAAGACCCCUUGACCGUAGAGACCCUGGCCAGACCUCAACGAUUCCUGGCGAACACUCUGUCAAGUUUGAAGAUUUCGUGCGAGAAUUCCGAGCGUGGUUGUCGCAAGGUCGUCGAACUUGGCUCACUCGACACACACGUAGCAACUUGUGGUUUCAGUCCAAUGCCAUGUUCCAACGAUCAAUGUGAGGAAAUAAUAAGUCGACGUGAUAAAGAAAUCCAUGAAAAUAAAGUCUGUGAUUUUCGACGAGUCAAGUGUGAUUACUGCGCCCAAAUGGUGCUGUAUAAGAACUUUAUGCAGCAUACAUGCCCACCAAGGCAAGAAAUUCGUGAAAUCAAAGCCGAGUUAAGGGAAGUUCGUUCCACUUGCGAUCAGAUGUUGAGAAUGAUGUCAAAUCUUACCACGAUUGUGAGUAAUAUACCACGACGUCCAGAAGGCAGUCAUGAAAGCAGUGAUCAGGAAUUGCAAGCCGAGAUUGUUGUCGCAGGGGGGGUGCAUUGUAAAUCUGUCGAAGUGUUCAAUAUGGCAACCAAAACAUGGCGACCAUUGUCAGAGAUGAAUGAAUGUAAAGAUGGAGCAAGUUCAGUUUUAUACCAAGGUCACAUGAUUGUGACUGGCGGAUUUUCCGACCAAGACCUGGACAGUGUUGAAAAACUAAAUCUUGUAGAUGGCCAAUGGAUUGAAGAAAUUCACUUCAAAUUACCAGCACCGUCCAAUAGCCACACAUGUGUGGUACAUCAAAAUCGUCUCCUCGUCAUUGGAGGAGAUUUUCCCGACAAGAUCAGUAAUGCAAUACAUGAAAUUCAGCUGACUCCUCCCUAUACAUCAAGGUUGCUUACCAAGAUGCCACGGGCAAUAUGUUACCAUGGUGGUGAGAUAGUGAAUGACAAGGUUUACAUUUUUGGUGGCAGUACAACAGGAUUUGGGGAAGCCACAACAGACUAUGUCCUUAUGUUUGACCCAGCAACCAAUACUUGUAAAGAGCUCAAUCCACUUCCACAUCCGGUAUCACAUAUGGCAACAGUAGCUUGGAAAGACAAUGUGGUCGUCCUUGGCGGGGAGGACAAGGAAGGCAACAUCUUCAGUGAAGUAAUAUUGUAUAAUGUUGCUACAAAAAGGCACCGUAUGUUGCCAGAGAUGAGACAGAAGCGACGUGGUUGUACAGCAGUGACUAUCGGUGAUAAUAUUAUCGCAAUGGGUGGUAAGGAUGAAACUAACACUCGACUCAGGUCUGUCGAAUGUUAUAAUUUCCAAACGAACACAUGGACGGAGUUCCCAGCCAUGGCUGAAGCACGAGUUUAUGCUACUGCUGUUGUAAAAUAUCCCUAA